AAGAAACCAGCCAUGUCCCGCAGAGCCACCUUCAACACCCGCCCGGCGGGCGCGGCCACCACGGUCGCAUCCGACGACAUGUGCCCCGUAUGCAAGACGAUCCGGUACCUCAACAAGGACAUGGAGUUCCUCAUCAACCAGGAGUGCUACCACCCGAUGUGCUCGAACUGCGUGAACCGCCUCUUCAACGAUGGGCCGAACCAGUGCCCCUACGCGGGCUGCCACAAGACGCUUCGGCGCAAGGGGUUCCGGACGGCCUUCUUCGGCGACCUGGGCGUGGAGCGCGAGGUGGACAUACGGCGGCGGGUGGCGGCGGUCUUCAACCGGGCCGAGGACGACUUCGAGACGCUGCGCGACUACAACGACUACCUGCAGAUGGUCGAGGACCUGACCUUCGACCUGGUCGGCGGCGACGAGGCCCGCCGCCGCGCCGCCGAGUCCACGCUGCAGCAGUGGGAGGCCGAGCACCGGGCCGACAUUGAGCGCAACCGCAACGCCGGCCGCGAGGCCGACGAGCUGUCCCGCCGCAGGCUGGCCGCCGAGCGGGAGGCCGCCCGCCAGCGGCGCCUCGACGCCAUCAACGAGGCCGAGGAGGAGCGCCUGAGCCGCGCGCGCCAGCGCGAGGCCGAGCUCGACGACCUGGCCAAGGGCGGCUCGUCCGCCGCUGCCGAGACCCACCGCGUGCAGCUCAAGAAGCGGGGCCAGCAGGCCCGCACCGCCGCCGCCGUGGUGGCUGCCACGGACCCGGCCGCCGACGUCACGGGCGCGGCGGGCAGGCUGUCGAUCCGCGGGCUCAAGGAGAAGCGCAAGCCGGCGGCCUCGGCGGCGGCGGCCGAGGGGCCGUACGACCCGUUUGGCGGCAUGGACUUUUCGCCCGACCGGUACCGCGUCGUGAUGCGCGAGGGGUACUACAGCAACGACUGGCUCCAGGGGGCGCGCCUCGACAUGGCCCACGCGGCCGGCGGGUAUGACGUCCGCGAGUACUGCGCGCGGGCCAUGUUCGACGCCUUUGCGGGGCUGGGCGUCUUCGUCGGCGACGAGAAGGAGAUCGGCUCCGUCGCCAGCAGCGGCGCCGGCGCCUCGGCGGGGGACGUCGCCACCACCGCCGCUGGCAUGGCCGCCGCCGAGCCGGGUCCGGACCCCGUCGUCAGGAUGGAAGUGGACGAUGUCUUUGGCUAG